AUGGCGGCGGGCGAUGGAGACGGCGCGACGACCAUGGACGGGACGACUGAUCUCUCUGGCAAGCCGGCGGUGAGGAGCAAGACAGGGGGCUGGAGGGCGUGCCCCUUCAUCCUGGCCAACGAGUGCUGCGAGCGGCUUGCCUACUACGGUAUGAGCUCCAAUCUCGUCAACUACAUGAUCGACCGCCUCCACCAGGGCAACGCCGCCGCCGCCACCAACGUCAACAACUGGUCUGGCACCUGCUACGUCAUGCCCCUCCUCGGCGCCUUCAUCGCCGACUCCUACCUCGGCAGGUUCCGCACCAUCGCCGCCUUCAUGACGCUCUACAUCGCCGGCCUCGUGCUCCUCACCAUGAGCGCCGCCGUGCCCGGCAUGAAGCCGCCCGAGUGCGCCGACUGCCACCCGACCAAGGGGCAGAACGCCGCCUUCUUCGCCGCGCUCUACCUCAUCGCCGUCGGCACCGGCGGGAUCAAGCCCUGCGUGUCAUCCUUCGGCGCCGACCAGUUCGACGACGCCGACCCGCGCGAGAUGCGGAGCAAGAGCUCCUUCUUCAACUGGUUCUACAUGUCCAUCAACGUGGGCGCCCUCGUCGCCUCAUCGGUGCUCGUCUGGCUCCAGAUGAACGUCGGCUGGGGAUGGGGUUUCGGCGUCCCAGCCGCAGCCAUGGCCGUCGCAGUCGUCAGCUUCCUCCUGGGGAGCAAGCUUUACAGGUACCAGAAGCCCGGGGGCAGCCCGCUCACGAGGAUGCUGCAGGUUGCCGUCGCGGCCUGCAGGAAGUCGCGCGUACCACUGCCCGCCGACGCGUCCCUUCUGCACGAGGUGGCAUCGGCGGACGGCAAGGCCGCCAUCGAGGGCAGCAGGAGGCUGGAGCACACGGAGCACCUGAGGUGCCUGGACAGGGCGGCGGUGGUGACAGGCGACGACUCCAUGGUAAACCCUGACCCCUGGAGGCUGUGCACGGUGACGCAGGUGGAGGAGCUCAAGAGCAUGGUGCGGCUGCUUCCGGUGUGGGCGACCGGCAUCGUGAUGUCGGCCGUGUACAGCCAGAUGACCACCAUGUUCGUGCUCCAGGGAAACACGCUCGACCCGCGCAUGGGCCCCUCCUUCAAGAUCCCCGCCGCCUCCCUCUCGAUCUUCGACACCAUAGCCGUCAUCGUCUGGGCGCUCGCCUACGACCGCGUCAUCGUCCCGGCGGUGCGCCGCAUCACCGGCCACCCUCGAGGUUUCACGCAGCUCCAGCGUAUGGGCAUCGGCCUCGUCAUCUCCAUCUUCUCCAUGGUCGCCGCCGGGGUGCUCGAGGUCGUCAGGCUCCGCGUCGCUGCCACCCACGGCAUGCUCGACUCCAAGGACUUCCUGCCGAUCUCCAUCUUCUGGCAGGUGCCGCAGUACUUCAUCGUGGGCGCUGCAGAGGUGUUCACCUUCGUUGGCCAGAUUGAGUUCUUCUAUGACCAGUCGCCGGACGCCAUGAGGAGCAUGGGCGCGGCGCUCUCACUCACGACCAAUGCGCUGGGCAACUACCUCAGCACGCUGCUCGUCGUCAUCGUGACGGCCAUCUCCACCAGGAAUGGCGGCCUGGGCUGGAUCCCGGACAACCUCAACAGGGGGCACCUCGACUACUUCUUCUGGCUGCUCGCCGUGCUCAGCGCAAUCAACUUCGUGAUCUACCUCUUUAUAGCAAACUGGUACAAGUACAAGGCAACAGCACCAACUGCACCAGUCCUGGACAUUGCUGACGGCAACAAUUAG